AAGUAGGAAUAAAGUCUCACUUUCCCCCGACCAUGUUCAUUCCUCCGUAGGGCUUCAGGCAAUAGUUACAAUCAGUCCACUCUCUUACCUCAGUCACUCUUUAUUCUGAUAAACUAAUCAUCUUAUUUAAUCGACAUGCAUUGGAACAGCUUGUGGCUUCUCACGGCCUUGCCGUUGAUCGAAGCCGCAUUGUCGACCAACGCUCGCUGUGGCAAAACGAACAAUGCUUCGCCCAGCGGCAUGACCUGUCUGGGUUCGCAGUGGGGCAACUGCUGCUCUCAAUAUGGCUAUUGUGGAAGCACCAGCGGAUACUGCGGUAGCGGCUGCCAGAAGUUAUAUGGUACUUGCUCUAAUGCAGCGAGCUCUUCAGUAUCAAGACAAUCAUCAACUUCCUCAACACGUAGCUCAUCUCCUUCGACACGGACAUCUUCAUCUUCUCCCUCUACCCCGACGACGUCCUCUGCUGCGCCAUCUUCAACUCUGAAAGUCUCCACAAACGGGCGUUGCGGAUCCUUGUACAAUGCAUUGCCAAUGGGCAUGACCUGCUUGGGCUCGAAGUACGGGAAUUGCUGCUCCCAGUACUCGUACUGUGGAAGCACCAGUGCCUACUGUGGGACUGGAUGUCAAGCUGGAUUCGGGAAGUGCAACCCUGUCUUAUUAUCGUCCACUUCAACUUCUCGAUCUACUUCUUCGUCUUCAUCGUCUUCAUCGUCUUCAUCGUCCCAAGGAGCUUCCUCGUCCUCAUCGAUGUCAACCAGCACCUCGUCUACUGUCACGGGAUCUAGCUCCGCGUCCGCUUCGUCUUCCACGGCGUCUUCCACAGCUUCUUCUACGGCAUCUUCUGAGGCAUCUUCCACGACGUCUUCCACAGCGUCCUCUGAGGCAUCUUCUACGAUGUCUUCCACGGUGUCUUCUACACCGAUUACUACGGCGUCUUCUACGACCUCUUCUACGGUCUCCUCUACAUCGACUUCAAGCUCCUGUGUGCCUCCUGCGCCUACAGUCUCAUGCGUACCCUAUUCGACAUGUCCCACUUUCAACAGUCCUCUUACAAGCGGCUGUCCAGCAAAUAAUGGGAUGUGUAACAACAACUACUUUUUACGCUGCAGCCAAGCGCCUGCAGCAGGAUCUGUGGUAAUUAGCCAGAUUGGAACUAGCGUGGCAAACGGAGAUGCGUGUCGGGCAGCUUGUGAUGCUCGUACCAACUGUUCUGCCUUUGUAUACACUGUUACCGGCCCCGUUGGUCAGAUCUGCGACCUUUACUCAUCGAUCAAUGGUUUCAGUUCUUCUUUUGUAAACACGUAUAUCAGGAUUUGUCCGACUACGUGUUAACAAGAUCUGUAAUUAGUAUCGUCGUUCGUCUGUAUGUAAUCACUUCCCGGCAUCUCGAUCUUCGUUACGUUUGUUGUUGCUGUGAUCACUGAGGCAUCAGAUAGAUUAUCGUCAAUUCGAUGAUAUGAUGACAAGCCUCGAUUUGCAGUAGCGUUCGAUGACGGAUUAUCAAAUACUUUACAUGCCUUUCACACGAUCGUUUUUGUACCUCAGCUCCUAGCCUUUGGAUACACCAUCUCGCAGUUUGCGGUACUGGCGACCGCGCAAUGCACUAGGUCUGACUAACCUAGGUCAUGUUUAAUCUUAUCCCCAGUCGGCGGCA